CUUUCCCUAGGUGGGCUCUGCUCCCUGGGAGAAUGGCAUAUUUACAAACUGUAUUUAAAUAGCUAACUGUAUUGGCGCAUAAGCUUUCCUGGGUGAAUACCCACUUCGGCAGACGCAGAUCCAGACUAACACGGCUACCCCUCUGAUACUUGUAUUUAAAUAGAAUUCCUCGGGGUCCGUGUUUUUUCCAUCCUUCUCCUUUUCCCCCUCUUCUUUCAGUGACAUUAGUCCCAGCGGCGAGGGUGUGACUGAGCCGACAAAGCGGGCACUCCCCAGGAAGUCCGGCUCAGAGAGCGUGGUGUGCCUUAGCCAGCCGCGGCCAGUCCUUCCUUCAGCUUGGGCGAGCCCCAGCGCAUGGAACGUGGCUGCUGCGGGGAGAACUCGCCGGGCUCGCGUUCCUGGGGCGGUGACAACCUCCAGGGGGCGCCCUAGAGCCCCCCGCCUGAGUCUCCCGGCCCCGCGGCGCCAGGGCUCAGUCCGUGGGUUUGAAUUUCAUCCAGGCACCAGCCUGGAGCGGGCGAGCGAGUGGCCGGCCACGCUCGCCGGCGAGAGGGGAGCGGCCAGUUCGCGCGCAGCUGCCGGCGCGGGAGCAGCCCCGGCCUUUGAGAAACUUUCUUGGCCGGUCGGUGGCGAGCACCACAGCGGGCUGGGCAGGAGCUCGGAGCCUGGCUGGAGAGCCCCGGAGAGCCCGCCUGCAGCGCGUGGAGCGGGCGGAGGAAACACCCUCCCCAGACAGGUUGCAGAGACAGUCUGCGCAGGCCCCGGCCAUGGGAGUGCCACACACUACUCCUCAUCUGGCUGAAUAUGGGACAGCAUUGAUGGGUUCACAAGAGUGUCUUAUCUACACUUUUCUCAGCCAGAAGGAUGAUGACUUAAAAGAUUUUUGGGAUAAAAAGAACGCGGAAAAGUUCUCUCCAGGGAAACAAGUGGAGAAUUUGGAUGUUUGCAACAGCUGACGAGAAGAUUCCCUGAGUCCUAGAGCGUUCAGCAAAAGGGAAAAAGGGAGAAGAUGAUGAUGUUCCUGAGAGGUGGCAGGAAAUAGUGAAGAGAACUGUGAUUGUCAACAGGAAACCCAAGAUCCUCACCACACAUGACUAUACCAGGCAGUACAUUUCAAACACUCAACAUCUGCAGGGCUUUCUGAUCUGGAGGGUGAAGGUUCGUCUACAUGAGGUUUUUCCUGGGAUCGUAUCUGUCUGAACUCAGUGGACCACAAAUGUGCUUCUGCAUUAUGGUGAACCCACUGAGAAUCUGCAAGGUUUAUCCUAUCUGCUAAAGCUGGCAAACCCUAUACUCCGUCUGUCUGUGCCCUCUGUAGUAGACAGCUAAAUCAGCUGAAGGGAAAAGGGGGCAAGAUAAGCCUCCGGCCAACAGCUGGCAGCUGAGUACCCUUCAGAACCCAGACCAUUUUGAGGUGCCUCGGUGGCUGUUUGCAGCACUGCAGAUAUGGACACUGAGCUUCUCUGGCACCUUCUUGCAUUGGCCUGGUCAACCUCACCAUGCUAGUAUAUGGGAAUGAAAACUUCCUCUCGGAUGUAAUUUACAUCAUCCUGGAACUGGUCAUUGCAGUGCUGGCCAUCUUGGGGAAUGUCCUGGUCUGCUGGGCAGUCUAUCUGAACAGCAACCUGCAAAACGUCACCAACUACUUUGUGGUGUCCCUGGCUGCAGCCGACAUUGCCGUGGGCGUGCUGGCGAUCCCCUUUGCCAUCACCAUCAGUACUGGCUUCUGUGCCUUCUUCUAUGGCUGCCUCUUCAUCGCCUGCUUCGUCCUGGUUUUGACUCAGAGUUCCAUCUUCAGUCUCCUGGCUAUUGCUAUUGACAGAAUCAUUGCUAUCCGGAUACCCCUCAGGUACAAUGGUUUGGUGACCAGCUCGCGAGCCAAAGGUAUCAUUGCCAUCUGCUGGGUCUUAUCCUUCAUCAUCGGCCUGACGCCCAUGCUGGGCUGGAACAAAUGCUCCCAGAGGGAAGCUCAGGACACCAAUAACGCCUCGCUCAGCAACUGCAGUAAAAGCAUGGUAGCUUGUCUCUUCGAGACAGUGGUCACCAUGGAGUACAUGGUCUACUACAAUUUCUUUGCCUGUGUGUUGGUGCCCCUCCUCCUCAUGUUUGGCAUCUACCUGAAAAUCUUUCUGGCAGCCAGGCGGCAGCUCAAACAGAUGGAGAACAAGAUGGUACAUGGGGAACGCUCACGCUCUACUUUGCAGAAGGAAGUCCAUGCGGCCAAGUCUUUGGCCAUCAUCGUUGGGUUGUUUGCCGUCUGUUGGCUUCCACUCCACAUUAUAAACUGCUUCACACUCUUUUGCCCGGGUUGUGCCCGUCCUCCGCUCUGGCUGAUGUACCUGGCCAUUAUCCUGUCUCAUGCCAACUCCGUAGUGAACCCAUUGAUUUAUGCCUACCGGAUCAGGGAAUUCCGACUCACCUUCCGUAAAAUUCUCAGGCAGCAUAUUGUAGGCAAGAAGCAGUUCAAGACUGGUACUGCCAGUACUAGGACUUCUACUUAUGGUGGGGAUGGAGAGAAUGCCAGCAUUAGGAUCAGUGAGUACGCUCUGAACAUAUAUGCCAAUGGGGAGCUGGGUGCUAUCCACAAAGAUACUGACAUCCAGGACUUGAGUAAAUGCAAGGCAGGUUUGGAAUGGCACCACAAUGGGAAUUCACUAGACAUGGAAAUAAAUGGGCAUCUCCCACAUUCCUGCAAAAAUGGGGAUCUUUCAGAUGCAUGCGGGAACAUGGAACUUCUUACUGAAGAGCUAAUUGGCACACGUGUCUCUUACUCUGAACUGGAGAACUCAACCUUGGCAGCAGCUGACAUUUCCUGAUGACUCUCACAACGUCUUCCCACUGGAAUGAAAUCUGUUGGGUUUUUGUUUGUUUGUUUGUUUUUUUCUGUUGGCUGCCUCUGCUAUGGCAGAAAGGGAGGAUGAGGGGAAAAGAGGAGUGAGGCCAGGUCACUAUCAGGUCACUAUCCCUACCCAGGACUGAUGAGAAGAUCCGAAGAACUAGACUGGAGAAAGAUUGAGAGGCACCGUUUUGAACAAAGGAAGAGGAGGGACACUAUAGCUAUCAAAGGCCCAACUCAGAGACACAGAGAGAAGAGAGCAAAGGUCAAAUCUGACAUCUGAAUUUUAACUCUGCUCCAGCAGGGUGUGUUAUGACAUUAUGCUGUACUGUGUAUCUGUGGUUGUUCAUCAGUUUAGUGUCUUUACCAACAGAAAUAAAGGUGUGGCUGAAACAUUUACUACUUCAUGAGGAGGAAGAGGGGGCAGGGCUUUUAACACUGUGGCCUCUAACAGAAGUAGAGGGUAUAGCAGUGCCUACUGGUCAGGAAAGUUGCCUAGGCUGCUUGGAGAGUGAAGGGAUUCACCUGGUGGGAACUUUCAGCACCUUCAACUGUGAGAUUCUGUUUUAAAAUCAGUUUUUAAAGCUUACUAGUGCAACAGGUUUCCUGAUUUUCCACUCACUGCUAGAUCAGUUAUGAAUUAUAUUACAAUGAGCUGGAAUAUGGACAGAAGGUUUUCCUCCCCUGUGUUCCAUGGAGAUGGGCCGCUGGGAAGUUACUUGUGCGUAAGGAGCUAUUAUGUUGUCAGUUAUGAAUGUAUACAAGAGAGGGUGGCUCUAUCCAAGCCUACAGUGUCCAGCUAUGUCCUGGCACAUUGAAGCAAACUGGUAACUGUACUUCAGACCCUUCCAUUUCACCAAAAAAACAAAGAGUAUAUAUGAUGAUUUGAUAGUUUUAUUAUGGGACAAUGGCAGGUGUCUGUGUGCUGUG